UUUUCUUGCUCACUCCCUCCUCUCUCUCUGUCUCUCUCUCUCUCUCUUUCUCUUUCUGUAUCCCUCUCAUUCACUCCGAGCAGUUCACCUUCCUCCUCUUCUCUGGGUAAAUGGAGAGAGAAGCAAAGGAGCGCAGGUACAGGAGCCCAGACAGACACCGGCCUGUCUGCCUGCGACAACACUCACAUUUCAUCACUUAUGUCCUUCCCAGGGAAAUGGAUUAACUCUUUUCGUGUUCUUCUUAUUUCUCUUUUUUUUUUCUUUCUUUCUUUCUUUCUUUCUUUCUUUCUUUAUGUCCACCUAUUGAAGUUUCUCAUUUCUUGACCCAGAACACACACACAUAUUGCAAGUGACAUCUGCAGCUGGACCAGCAGAAUGCCUUGAGAGAGAAGAACAUUUUGCUGCGGAAUACCCAUCGAUCCAGAUGUGUGGAUUAAUACAAUAGGCGAAAAAUGGGAGACUUGGAGUCUGGAUUUGAGGAGAUGGAAGGGGUGAAGCUUGGCUACCUGGUUAUUAAGGGCAAGCAAAUGUUUGCCCUCUCUCAAGUCUUCACCGACCUCUUGAAAAAUAUCCCGAGGACUACUGUGCACAAGCGAAUGGAUCACUUGAACGUGAAGAAGCAUCACUGUGAUCUGGAGGAGCUGCGGAAGCUCAAAGCAAUAAAUUCAAUCGCUUUCCACGCGGCCAAAUGCACUCUCAUUUCGAGGGAGGACGUGGAAGCCCUGUACGUGUCCUGCAAGACGGAGCGCGUGCUGCGCUCCAAGAGGAGCAAAGUAAAGGCGAACUCGCCCGCGCACCUCUGCGACGGGCACCUUCGCUCGGAGCCCCACGACAGCUUCUGGAAAGAGAAAGUUUGGCUCAGUUUGCACGCCGGGGUGCCCCAGCCCUUCUCGCUGAGAGACGGAGCCGGGCGACUGCGCGAGACCGCUGCGCCCACCGCCUCCAAUCUACCUCAAAUUUACAGCAAAUUCGCAAGCCAUGGCUUUGCGGCGGGCGCGAAAGCCGCAUGCAAAAUCCCUAAAAACUUUGAAACUGCUCACAUACCCGGCAGCCGCGUGACAUUUACCCCGGGCCACUCGCUUUUCCGCAGCGUGGUGUGCAGCCGGCAGCCCGUGCUGUACCAGUCCGCCAUUGCGGUGCAGCCCAAGCUCCCGAGCACCGCUGACCUCGCUUACAAAAGGAGAAGGCAGCACGACGGCACCGGCUGGCACUUGUGCAACAAAAGCAGACACAGCCGCAGGGUCCUGCUCGUCCCCAAGUGCUGCAAGUCGAAAGCGUCUGCCGGCGCUUUGGACAGAUUUCACCUCGACCGCGAGCUCUACCUGAGCCACCACCACCACCACCACCACCACCAUCACCAUCACCAUCACCACCACCACCACCAGCAGCAGCAGCAGCACGCGGGCAGCUUCCAGGAGAGCUGCAGCAGCGACAGCGAGUCCAGCUCGUACUCGGAGCGCGCCGACAACGACGACUCGGACUUUGGCUCGAGUUUGUCCACGAGCAGCAACUCCGGCACUUCGGACGAGGAGGAGGAGGAGGAGGAGGAGGAUGAGGAGGACUCCCUGUCGGAGUCGUCGGACGUCACUUCGGAGGACGACAGCUCCUCCGAGUCCGACUCGAGCUCCGUGUCGAGCCAAGUCUCCUUGCAGAGCAUCCGCUUCAGGCGCACGAGCUUCUCAGCCUUGAGCGGCAAAGCGCCUCUGGUGACGCAGCCCGUUUUCCUGUACGAGCAGCACAGGGCGAAGAGUCCGAACGGCCCGGCUCUGCUCGACUGCGGCGUCUCGGGCAGGAAAGUUCCCAAGUCGGACCUGAAACUCUGCGUGAAGAAGCAGGAGGCCGCCGGCGGCGCUUCGAGGCAGCAGCGCAGGAACAGGCCACUCGCGAGCUGCUGUCCCGCGUCCAGGAGGAGACAGGAGGAGACAGUUCCUGGAAUCGCAUUGUCACACUUCGAGAUCUGCGACGACCCCAAGCCGGUUGAACCCGCAAUUAACGGCGUUAAAGAAGGAGGCCAUUCACCUUGCUCAAAGGAAAACAAAGAGUUCCCUCAACAAAGGGUAUCGGGACAGGCAAACAAAUGCCCCCAAGCCUUGAUCUCACACUGUGCCCAGGACAAAGACACAAUAGUCGCUCAGUCCUCCGACAACAAUCCUUCAUUAGCUGUAAGUUUCAAGAAAGAAGUGAAAAUUAGCCAUUGCCUGAGACCUCUGCAGCAUCUCAACGGCAUCAAAACUGAGCCCGAGGAUCUCGACGCCUUCCCAAGUGUCCCCGGGGAGAGCAGCGCAGCGAGGACGUCUCCAACUUUUCCAGAGAAUGUGAAAAUCAAAGUGGAGGACAACUCUGACGAGUACGAGUACGAGUACUCGUGUCGGAUCGCCGGCUCCGACUCCGAGUACCGGGGCGAGAGCCAGGAGCCCCGCGCGGACGCGCAGCAUCCCGGCGGCGAGGACAAGCCGCCGGUGGACACCUUGGACCACGUGAAAGCCGCAAAGUGCACCGAGACCGAGGACUCCGCCGCUGCCCGCACGAGUCCUGCCACGCAGCAGCAGGAAUUCAGAAGCACUUUAAGUUUAAACAGCCCGUAUGCAGAGGAAGGGGAGUACAAGAAUGGCGCGCGGGUGCGCAAGAACUACAGGACUCUGGUGCUGGGGAAGCAGUCCGGGAUACCGAGGACGCCGCUCAAAGUGACCGCGCGAGCGGAGCGGACCCCGCGCGCCACAGUCACUGCAACGUCCUUCGUUUGGAAGUUUGGAACACUUUCAGGCGUUUACCUCAAGGAUUUCUACACAUCAGAGGAAAACAGAACAUAAAAGGAGUCAUUGAAUUUACACGGUUUAGUUUUGCAUUUUUGGUUGUGUUCUCCAACACCUUCUUGGAUCGUGCUUCUAUUAUUGAAGUGUGGUAGAAUUCCUUAGCAGAGACAAAAACACUCUCUUUUGCUAAAAUCCUACUGUCCUGCCAUGAAAUGUCUAUUCCUAUUAAUUAAAUUUCAGCACCGUACGUGCAAAAGUGAUUUAAUUGGAUUUUUAUUGCAAAAUGUACUCAUAGCAGCUACGGUCUUGCUAUACUGUUACCCUCAACCCUACAUUGAUAACAUCUGACAUCACUUCAUUGGCUUCUUCAUUUUUCUCCUUACCGUUUGAUACAUUUGCUGAAAUUGAUUAUUAUUUGCAUUUUAUUAAUGCCCUCCCCCCCUACACAGACACACACACACACACCCUCCCCAAACAGGGAACACAUAACCCUGAGUGUAGGCCCGCCACAGUCGGCCUUAAUUAUUGACAAUCAGAUGGAGCUGUUCACAUUUGCAGGAGGUGGGAAGUAAAACAAGAAACACCAAAUCGAUCAAGUGCAGCACAUUCUUUGACGAAGCCUAUAGCACAAACCCCAGGAUGAGCUGCACGUGUAGAUGGUGCAGAAGCAGGAGUCGCAGGAAACAGAGCUCCGCAUUUUACAAAUAGACAGAAACACACACACCAUCCCAGAAAAAAAAAAAAAAGAAAAUGCAAAAAUCCAGGGCUUUCUGAAACGUGUGUAAUUGUGAAGAUGUUAAUGAAGCUACAGAGUAAAUAAUGGGCGGUUAAAAUUUGUUUAUUUUUCCUGUGCCUGUUGUAAGUCCCAGGGAUAUUCAAAGUGGGUUUCUCCCUCACUUAUACAAAGCAGCAGGCCAUCACUCAUGAGUUUGAAAGUGGUGUACAAGGAGCAUGCUUUGUGCAGACGGUUUAUCUGAAAAAACGAGGCAAAUGAAGGGUAGACGAUGAAAACUCUUUAUAUACGUUAAUAAUUUCACGCAAACCAGCUGCUCUUCAUCGACGCAGAAUUGUCAUAUCAGGAAAUUCCCGAAUGUAUUUUAGUGUCAUCUUAAAGUACAGAAAUAAUUUUAAAAAACUACAACAUUUAUGCGCCAUACAUGCUUUAAAAAACGUGUGAACGUACAAACCAGCCUGUGGUAAAAUAGUGUAUCAUGUUUUAUUAAACAGCACCGUAGAAAACGUGCGGUGUUUGUGGUGCUCUGGGCCAUUUAAAAUAGCACAUCUCGCAACGCAGAAUUGAACACAUAUUCAGAUUUUACUCUGGCUUACACAGAUGUUUCUGUAACUUUUAAUUAUAUACAGAGUAGUAAACGGGAGAUUUCCAAAAUAAGAAAAUGUCAAUUUAGCGUUUUCAUUCGUAUCCUCAGAAUAAAUCAGUAUAUCAUGACCAACACACAUAACACAAUUAGACAUAUAUAAAUAUCUAUAUAUUCCGUAAGUGCAAGUAAAAUAAACGUUUUUUUUUUUUUUUUCCUGAAAAAUUCCAGAGUAAAUUUUUAGUGUAAAAUACGCCGCAGGAAGAAUGUGUCAUUACACAGAAAUGAAAACUACCGUUACAUUUGAAUAUUCUUUUCAACUGCUGGUGAAAACGAAGCUUUCAUUGUUAGAGAGGAUUAUUCAGCAAAGGCCACCCCAACUAUGAGUAACAGGGAGACACGAAGCACGAGACCUCAACAAAUCAUAACAAAAUUAACAUAACAUGAGACAUUGUCGCUGCCACAAAAGAACGAUGAUGAAUGAAAAAAAAAAUGCCGACUGUACGUGUGUUUCUGAGAGUUUCACCAUGCGCUCAAAACAUAGAAAUAUAUAUAUGAAGGCCCAUAACUUUCAAAAAACGUGUGUACACAGUGCAUAAUAUUGAGUUAUGGUCUUCUGGACUUAUCAUGGGUAUGUAAAGUCCUACUUUGAAUAUCCCGAGAGCAGUAAAACAAAUCACCUUUUUUUUCCCCCCCUGCAUAAUGGCCUGAAGUGCAGGGAUGGUUUGAGAUGCUGCUCUGACCCAGGGAGGAGUAGUUUGUCGUGCUAGAAACUUCAUUUCCAAACCCUUGUUCUCCUUGGCACGUUCAUGAGGUAGAGCUGUAGGGCUGUAGAGCCAGCAGUGCGCUACAAGUAACAGGCCUGUUGGUAAACUGCUGGAUUAAAUGUAGAGAAAGCGAGAUAUUGACCUUCACAAUGCUGAUUUGUGGAUUUUCUGUAUGAGGCAAUGAAAUAUGGUUCCAUUUUGGGGAGGUUCUGUGAACAGCGGGGGUCAGAUCCUGCCAGUGAUGUCAAUGUACAACAGUGUGGUGUCGCUGCCUUUGCGCUCCAAAACUCUUCUCCAUUGCGUCUUGCUACAAUA